AUGGACCCCUUCACCCAGCACGGAGAUGUUGUCAUCGGGGGAAUCUUCCUCGUCUACUCCGGCUAUGACUUCUCACAACCGAGCUUCCUCGACUGGCCUCAGCCGGUGUCCUGUACGGGGUUCCACAUCCGAUAUUACAGAGAUGUUCUCGGCCUUAUAUUCGCUGUCAAUGAAGUUAACGAUUCUCCGGACCUUCUGCCUAACGUCACCGUCGGCUUCAGCCUGGUCCACUCCUGUAUGUCUGAGCUGAGGGCCAUCGGAGGGGCCAUGUCCCUGAUGUCUGGGGCUGGAGACCCCGUGCCGUGUUAUGACUGCCGUACAACCUCCAUGAUGGUCGGGAUCGUCGGAGAUAUGGCCUCGGCUCUGUCCCUUCCUAUAGCUCGAAUCUUGGGGGUCCACUCCUACCCACAGAUCAGUCAUGGAGCCUCCUCUUCUGCACUGAGUGAUAAAGUGAACUUCCCGUCCUUCUUCCGCACGGUGUCCAAUAACAUCUUUCAGAAUAUUGCUCUCUCUCAGCUGAUCGUCCGAUUUGGUUGGACUUGGGUGGGUAUGGUGAUUGUAGACAAUGAUGUCGGAGAGCAGGGUGGGAGAGUGAUCAGGGCCGAGGUAGAGAAAAGUGGAAGUUGUGUAGCCUUUGCUGAGAAGAUUCACCUGAGCUACUCAAAGACACAAGUCCUAAGAGUGGUGGAGGUGAUAAGGGGGAGCUCCGCCAACAUCAUCAUCCUCCACAGCACAGAGGCCCACGUGAAGUCUCUCCUUGAGGCCAUGUAUGAUGAGGGAGUGACCGGGAAGAUCUUCAUUUCCUCGGCAUCCUUUACCAUAACACCUGGACUUUUCUCCAAAAAAGCUUGGAAAGUCCUAAAUGGGACCAUAGGGUUAAUGCCUAAUACGGGGCAGAUGCUUGGAUUUGAGACUUUCCUACGAAGCUUGCGCCCUUCCUUGUAUCACACACAUCCCUUUAUUAAGCCAUUUUGGGAAGCUACUUUUAACUGCACCUGGACAGAUAGAGAAAUAGUGAAAACCCCAACAGAUCCUGGGGCCCCGGGGCCAUUGUGCACUCAGGAUGAAGAUCUGAAGGUCAUGGUGCCUUCUAUAUUUGAGACGUUUGACCUGAGCUACACUUACCAUGCCUACCUGUCUGUAUAUGCCUAUGCUCAUGCCCUUCAUGCCUUACUCCAGUGCCCAUCAGGGAGAAACCACCAGUCAUGUGACAACAUCAGCAAAAUCCGACCAUGGAAGGUUCUACAAUCUUUGAAGAAGACGCCAUUUUGGGUCCAGUCUGGAGAUGUUAAGACUUUUGAUGCCAAUGGAGACGUUUCUGCGUCAUACGACAUCGUGACCAUCCAGAUCCUCAGCGGACACUUCCGGCUGGUGACUGUGGGGUCAUUUACUCCUGGGGACACAUCAGGUCAUAAGAUUGUCAUCAACAGCAGCCAAAUUCUAUGGAACGAGAAGUUCUCUCAGGUGCCGGAGUCUGUGUGCAGUAGGAGGUGUGGUCACGGAUUCAGGAGGAUCACUAGACUAGGACAACCACCCUGCUGUUUUGACUGUGUGCCCUGCUCACCUGGAGAGAUUUCUAACAGAACCGAUGCCGUUGAAUGCUUCAGAUGUCCCCAAGACCAGUGGUCGAACGAAGAUAGAAACCGAUGUGUUCCGAAAAUCAUAGAAUUCUUGUCGUAUGAAGAACCACUUGGACACAUUCUGGUGUUGAUAGCCUCUAUGUUCGCUUUCCUGGCUUUGUGCAUUUUGGUGACUUUCAUAAAGUUCAAAGACACUCCAGUCAUCAAAGCCACAAACCGGGAGCUCAGCUACAUCUUGUUGACGUCCCUCGUUCUCUGCUUCCUCUGCUGCUUGGUCUUCAUCGGUCAGCCAUCUAAGUUUACAUGUCUCCUGAGACAAACCUUCUUCAGUGUGGUCUUCUCCAUCAGCAUCUCCUCAGUCCUGGCUAAGACUAUAAUGGUAAUCUUAGCAUUUAAGGCCACCAGACUGAACAGUCCUCUGAGGAAAUGGUUGGGACCUAGAAUCCCACGUUACGUUGUAGGACUUUGCUCCGGGCUUCAGAUUAUAAUUUGCUCUGUUUGGCUCCACAAGUCUCCACCUUUCCCAGCACUGAACACAGAAAACCAUAAAAUAAUAUUUGAGUGCAAUGAGGGACAUAAGCUGUUCUUCUACAUGGCUUUGGGGUUCAUGGGCUUCUUGGCCAUGAUAAGUUUCUUUGUAGCCUUUUUGGCAAGGAACCUUCCAGGGACCUACAAUGAGGCCAAAGUGAUCACGUUCAGCAUGCUGAUCUUCUGCUGUGUCUGGAUCACCUUCAUCCCAGCCUACCUGAGCACCAGUGGUAAAUAUACUGUGGCCGUGCAGGUAUUUGCCAUCUUGGCCUCCAGCGCUGGACUUCUGAGCGGCAUCUUCCUCCCCAAAUGUUACAUCAUACUUCUGAGGCCUGAGAGGAACAGACGGGAGUGCCUUGGCAGUAACACAAGUUUUGGACAGAUAUAUCCCAGCCAAGCCCAACCCAAAUUUUGCAGAAAGCCUCCAAACUCUUCUCAACUAAAAGGGCUUUUGGACUUCACCAUGCUUGAUUCUUUUGUUGUCAAGGAAGAUAAGCUGCUGCCAGAGACAUUUCUGGCAGCAGAAUUCCUGGUUACGAGCAUGCGCAUGCGCACUGCUUUAAUUGAAAAUAUCCCCUUACCAGUGCGCAUGCUCUUGGUUCCGGCGGAGCUGUGGAGCACUGGCUGCCUGUUAGAAGGGAUGCAGUGGGUCACAGGUGGCAAUCGGACUGGACGCAUGCGCUGA